AUGUUGUCACGACUAAUUCUCGUAGCCCUUGGCCUGAUCUCUUUGGCAAGAGGCACUAUUUUGCAGAAUGGCCAAGUCAGGCUCACCGAUUUUCCGAUGACCAAGAUUGACGCAUCCUCAUACUCCUUCCAGACCUUCAGCGCCACUGCGCCGGAGCUCUCGUACAAGGGAAGAUGGGAUUCUAGGAAGAUUUCCUGGUGGUCCGCUUCAGGACUAGUGUUCGGAUUCAGCGGAGACACAGUUGCGGUAACGUUUGGCGAUGCUACUAUAAAUGGCACUCUCGUCGGUUACAGGCUUUCCGGCAUGGACUGGCAAUUCACCAACGUCACAGCGGGUGGUACACAUCUGCUAGUCACCAAUGAGACGGCUGGAAUUGACCAGACCAGUCCGAUCAGUCCUCACACGUUCGAAUUGCGAGUAAGCAAUUGGGGUUACGGUGUUCAGAUUGACAAGGUUCACGUUGCUGCCAACGGGAGUUUGAUCAGUGUCCCCAAUCAUGGGCGAGCGAUUGAAUUCAUCGGCGAUUCCCUCUCAGCUGGCAUGUAUCAGACGUACGAAGGACUAUCAAGCUUUGCUGCAAGUAUUCCUUCCCGCUUACAGCCAACCAUCAUGGUCUACGGUACCGGAGCUGGUCUUGGGGAGACCGAGUACUCCAUCAUAGCCUAUCCGGGCAUAUGCAUUUCAGAUCAGAACUGCUGGGGUAAUCCCCGAGGCCAGGUUCAUCAAUGGUUCUACGCAUCGGAUACAAGUUGGAGAGCAACGGAGAUCUGGGGCGAUAACCCUGAGCCUUGGAAUUUCAGUGCCCAGCAACCUCCCGACGUUGUGGUGAUCAACCUUGGUACUAACGACCUAAACGAACACAACAACGUGACAUCGACCACGUACGUCGAUGCUUACAAGAAGCUAAUUCAAGGUGUCCACGGCAAGUACCCUAGAGCCCAGGUCAUUGUGAUGCAAUUAUGGGUAGGCUUCUCCCAAUAUGGAAAUUCCUACGCGCAGAACCAUGGGUUCGACACGGAGCUCUUGAACGUGGUCCAGUACUUCAAUUCGGACGAAUACCUCUCAGCGCCUGUGAUAUGGGAUGGCAUAACGAAUACGACCACGACCCUCACCACCAUCGACACUACCAAGCCAUUUGUUCACUUUUUCAACACCACCGGAAUUUUGCAACAUAACGAUAUUGGGCCACAAUGGCACCCGACAGACGUUGGAGCGAUCAAAAUGGCUAGCCAUCUAACGCAGUAUAUCCACCUGACAUUUGGCUGGGAUCUGCAAGCAAAUGGGCCCGAGUAA